AUUAUUUAAGUAUAGAAAACUAAAGGAAAAUAUUUAAAAGCUCAUUAUGAAUGGCAAUGGCUGUGAUUGGUUACCAUUGCUGUUGUUGUUGGCAGCAACUGCUGUGGCGUUGCAAGGUGAAUUGCGGCAUGCCACAUGCGACAAUGAGGAACGUUAUGAGAAUCAAAUGAUGUGUGCGGGAAAAGAAUUUGGUUGCCUAGUGCCGUAUCCGGAUAAUUGCAGUUUAUUCCUAGUCUGCGAUUGCAUUUAUCCAACAGUUAAACUCUGUCCCGCUCAAUUGUGGUGGGACAAUAAGACACAAGGCUGCAAUUAUCCACAUAGUACAAAGUGCAUUUAUUACACCUUUACCUCGACCGAAGCAACUCCGACUUUAAGUACAAAUAAACCGGAAGAUAAUACAACUUUGACGACCUUGAAUUGGAGCAGCACUACUGAGGAAAAUUGGCCCACUUCUAGUUAUGAUCCACCGCCAGCACCACCGGGAAUAUCGGAGACAUUCUGCAGGAAAUUUCCAGAUGGUUCGGUGCAUCGUUAUCCCUACGAUUGUAAUGCUUAUAUUAAUUGCACUCUGGGUUGGCCAGUGUUGAAUUAUUGUGCAGCCGACAAGGUUUUCAAUCAGUGGUUGCUCAUUUGUGAUACACCAGAAGUGGCACAAUGUGAGCCACUUCCAUUGCCGAGUACAACCACCACAAUUGUACCCACAACAACCACUCCCGAUGACGGUCAGUGUAGUGCACCACCCUUGGGAAUUGAGGAUGAUUUCUGUUGGUCUUUGGGCAAUGGUUUCUAUGUUUAUCCCUACGAUUGCAGUGCCUAUCUCAGUUGCCGCAAUGGCUGUACUAACUUGGCCUAUUGCAUACCCGGUAAACUCUUUAAUCCACUGCUCCACAUCUGCGAUACUCCCAAUUCGGUCAAUUGCAAACCUGAACCUUAUCCAACAACCACAAUUGCCACCACACAAGGUUCCACAGUGGACACGAGCACUACAAUAAUUCCCAGCACCACUGUAGCUACAACAACACCAACACCAACAACAACAACAACAAGUGCACCAAUAACACUGCCACCUGAUGUAAAUGAAAAUGCCUGCAGAAAUUAUCCCGAUAAUACACGUUUUCCCUAUGCCGCCAACUGUUCCCUGUUCUUGUGGUGCAAAGAUCACGAGGUUAUUCUUGGUCAAUGCUCCAAUGGACUGCUGUUUAAUCCCGACUUUGGCAUCUGUGAUGAGGCCAAUGAUGUGUAUUGCUAUGGGGAUCGCACUACCAGCACCAGCAGCACCACAGCAGCCCCAACAACGGUGACAGUUCCAACCACAGCGACUCCAGGACCAGCUGAAUUAUGUGAGGAUCAGGAGGCAGGCGCCUCUUUUCCCUAUGUGGAGGAUUGCAGCAAGUAUAUACUGUGUCUAGGAGGUGGUGCAUACUAUAUAGCACCUUGUGCUGGAGGUUAUUACGAUCCCAAGUCGCAGGCCUGCGGUCCCAAUGUUUCACCAACAGCUUGCAAGGAAACAGGCACAACAACCACAACAACAACAACAACAACGCCAGAAACAACCACAACAACAACUGAAAUUGUGACAACAACGACUGCUAAACCAGAUGUACCUGCGGGAAUUUGUGGCGGCAAGGAUGAAGGAGAAAUGAUUGCCUAUCCCAAGGAUUGCAGUAAAUAUAUUGUCUGUGUUUCACCAAUUCCCGUUGCCUUCUAUUGCCUAGAAGGUUUCUAUUUUAAUGCAAAGCGACAACAAUGUGUGAGUUGGCAGGAAAGUGAUUGUGAUCAAGAAAUUAGCACAACACCUGGUUACACUUCAGCUCCACUAGAACCGACAAUUUGUACAAACAGCAGUCGAGAUACAUUCCCGUAUCUGGAGAAUUGUCAGUGGUUUAUACGCUGUGUGGAUGAUUAUGUCUACAUGAUGGAUGUGUGCAACUGUGGCGAGUAUUACGAUCCCAUACAGGGUGUCUGUGGUGCCGAUGUGCCACACGAUGCCUGUCGCUGGGAUUACACCGCAACCACCACAACAGAAGCCACCACCGAGAGCACUACAGCAAUUACACGACCACCACCACAAAAGGGUCCUUGUGACGAUGUUGCAGAUGGAGACUUGGUUCCUUAUCCCAACGAUUGUUCCAAGUAUAUCAAGUGCAGUCGUCCCAUUGCCUCGGCUUUUGACUGCAAAGAAGGCGAAGAGUUUAGUCCGGAAUUUCGCAAAUGUAUGGAUGCUUCACUGGCCAACUGUAAUCCGGGUCCUACAGGACCCUCAACGGGCACUACACCUAUUAUGACAACAGAAAUUUCCACUACUGAAACAACUCCUUCCACAACUGCUGAAAUUACCACUACUGAAACUACUCCUUCCACAACUGAUGAAAUUUCCACUACAGUAACAACUCCUUCCACAACUGAUGACAUUUCCACUACUGAAACUACUCCUUCCACAACUGCUGAAAUUACCACUACUGAAACUACUCCUUCCACAACAGCUGAAAUUUCCACUACAGUAACAACUCCUUCCACAACUGAGGAAAUUUCCACAACAGAAGUUUCCACAACUGAGUUAACGACAACGACAGCGCCACCUAGCGGCAUUUGUGGCGGUCAAGUUGAGGGAUCUCUCGUGCCAUAUCCUAACGUAUGCAGCAAGUAUAUCAAAUGUGUUAAGCCCAUACCUAUUGGUUAUGAUUGUCCCGAGGGCUUGGAGUUUAGUCCUACGGAAUUAAAGUGCAUGGAUCCGGAUUUGGCGAAUUGCAAUGCGGGACCAACACCAGGAUCAACAACAUCUAUGCCUCCGUAUUCAACGGAUACAACAGCCGCGUCUACUACAGAAGAACCGUGUACUUCAACUCCCACAAUAACAGAUUCUACAACCACCGAUUCUACAUCGACAAUAAUCGAUACUACAACUCCUUUAACAACGGAAACUGAUUCGACUUCAACAAUAACCGAUUCUACUACAACAAUAACCGAUUCAACUACAACUAUUACCGAUUCUACUCCAACAAUAACCGAUUCUACUACAGAUUCUACUACAGAAGAGCCUUGUACUUCUACACCUACAAUAACCGAUUCUACUUCAGCAAUAACUGAUUCUACAACUACCGAUUCUACAACAACUACAACAACAAUACAUCCCGAUACACCCAAUAUUUGUUGUGGUGUUGCUCUGGGCACGAUUCUACCUUAUCCCAACGAUUGCAACAGAUAUGUCGUCUGUGACUAUCCUAUACCAUAUUCGGUGGUCUGUCCAGAAGGCACUGCCUUCAAUCCAUUUGAUCUAAUGUGCACCGCCGAGGGUCUUGACUCCUGUUUCUAAAUAGAUUUCCAGAAAAUUAACUUAACAAGUUCCUUAAUAUGUAAACUUUCAUAUUAACUAGUUUUGUAAAGAUUUCAUAUAUAUUUACUUAAAUAAUUAUAUAAACAAAGCUCAUAAAUGGUGUUUACUUC